CAAACAUGUCGUCUGAAAACUAAAUCGUCCCUCAAAUUUGGACAAAAGUUUAGUCGUGUGGAAUAUGAAUCGAUUGAUACGAGCUACUGUUAUUUUUUUGAAACAUUAUCGAUUUUCAGGAUCGAAGAAUUUCCACACCACUUCAAGAAUAUUGCAACUGUCUAACAUAGACGAAACGCAAGAGAAACUUCUAAAUGAACGUCUAAUCUUGGUAGACGAGAAUGAUUGCGUUAAAGGCACUGAAACGAAAAAAGAAUGUCACCUAAAAAGAAAUAUCCUACAAUACGGAAUGCUUCAUCGAGCCUUUAGUGUCUUUCUCUUUAACACAAAGGGACAGUUACUGCUACAACAGAGAUCGGACGUGAAAGUUACGUUUCCUGGUUGCAUCACCAACACAUGUUGUAGUCAUCCGUUGUACGAGGAUUCUGAGUUGGUGGAACAUGAUAAUUUUGGAGUGAAACUAGCUGCAAAGAGGAGGCUCUCUUACGAACUUGGCAUUCCAGACAACCAGAUCUCCUUGGAGGAUCUCAGGUUUCUCACCAGGAUUCAUUACAGAGCAGGAUCAGAUAAAAUAUGGGGAGAACAUGAAAUAGACUAUGUAUUUUUUAUGCAGAAGGAUGUAACCCUAGAACCAAAUACCAAUGAAGUUAAACGCUGUUGGUAUGUUUCAGAGAGUGAGUUGAAAGAACUACUGCAGAAAGCAGCUAAAGAUUCUAACAUUUUGAUGACCCCUUGGUUCAAAAUGAUAAAUGAUCAUUUCCUAUACAAGUGGUGGGCGAGUCUGAGGGACUUGUCACAAUUUGAAAAUGACAGUGAAAUUCACAAAAUGCCAGGGAUACCAGCACCCAUAUUACAGUUGUGAACAGGUUUUAAGAACAAAGAAAGUCUAUUUUGAUUCAUCAUUCUAUCCAGUGGAAUUUUUGGAAGUUCUGCAGUUUGUCCUACUAUUACUGAUGUCCUUUUAGAGUGACAGUCAUGGGGGAAGAGAGAAGAAAAAUUGAAACAGCACCUAAUUUUUUGCUCACAUUUUAUACAUGCCUGUGUGCAAAUUCCUCAUUGCUCAAGCUUGUUGUCCUUGGCCUAUAAGUAACAGUGAAGAUUGCUUUGCAAGCUACAUAAGAGAAUGAUUUUAUCAAGUUUUCAUUGUACAACAACCAAUGUUUAAUAAUUAUCUAUACUUUAUUCAAAAAGAGAUGUUUAAGUAUUGUUGCACCUUUGUACACCCUGUUUCUUUUGAUAAGCACAGAGAGACACAAAGGGGUUGAGACUUUGCUACAUGAACAUAAUUUGCAGAGAUUACAACUACAGUGUAGAAGGGUGAUAUUACUGACUUCCUAGAAUGACUUUCCUUUUUCAUUUACUACUUUCUACACGUAGAGCAGAUUAAAUAACAAAUAAAUAAACAAAAAAAAAUUCUAGGCAACCCAUCUCAGUGAGUAAUGUACUUCGCAGAAAUAAGGUGACCAACACUUACCUGUACAUAGCAAAGGUGUUUAUGCAACAUAAAAUAAAAAAUAGAAUUCACUUGAGGACAAACUGCAGUAUUACUAGACCAUAAAUUUGUUUCUUAAUUACAACCUUUUUAAAAUAAAAUGUGUAAGCCUGAAAAAGUAUUUUGAUUGUGGUAUACUUCUUAAAAACAAUAUGUCAUUUUUGACUCAAAUUUUUGCAAGCCACUUAUUCUCAAAAAUUAUAUCCCAAGUUGAACAAGUUGCUUGUACAGAAAUUCAAUAACAGUUCUAUCUCAGCAAAAUAGUGCGGCCCUUUUACAUUAUAUACUUACAACUAACUUACUGUAAGGAUAGCUGUAAGUGAUUUAUGAAAUAUGAUUUUGAAAUAUACACUGCCUUCAAUUUAACUGAUCCCAUAGGAACAUUAUCAAGAGGUUCUUACAUAGAGAUGUAAAUAUCAGAACUCAGCUAUGAAGCUGAAAAGAUUCCUUCAUUUUGUACAUCAUUAAAAUAUAACAUUGU